AUGGAUGUUCUUGUUGCUAUUUACGCGAUUUUAUUUUUGGUCGGAGUGGUUGGAAACGGGGCACUAGUGUUUACUGUAUGGGUAGGCCCCGGGCCCAAAAGUCCUUUGCUGCUGGGGUUGAUCGUAGCUGAUUUUUUUGUAUGCUGCCUAAGUGGUCCAGUAACAGCAGCUUUGUAUUCUUUGCCGCUGGACUCAACAGCUUGGUUCAUCACCUCAACAUUACUACAGGCCCUACCGGUGUCGGCAAGCACUUUAUCCAUGAUGGUAAUUUCAGUCGACCGCUAUUUCACUGUUAAAAACUACCGUCCAAUUGGCCAAGUGGCUACCAGACGCCAAGUGAUGAGCAUCACAGUUGUUGCCACCUGGAUCACGGCUGCACUCCUUUCUUCAAUACAAAUUAUCUCAAGGUACAAGUAUCCGUGGAAAAAAGGUCUGUUGAUUAGCCGUAUCACAAUCGUCCAUAUCAUACCGGCCUGCACUAUAAUGCUGAGCCACUUAGGGGUACACCAGAAACUUACAGCUUUAUCGCUGACUGCUAGAGCUAAGCAUGGAGAGCUACCGUUACCUAUACCAUUGAUAAGGCGACCUACACAUGUGAUUAUUGUUGCUGGAAUGCCCAAGGUCAGUAUUAUCGGGGGAAGAAAACAGAUGACUAUCCCUACCGGUCGAGGCAAUAUGGAAGAAACGCCACCACCAACAUCAACCCUACGCAGUCGUCGUCGUCUGGCCAACUGCCUCAUUUGCCUAUCAAUAUUAUUCAUAAUUUGCUGGUGUCCGUACAUAGUGACUCAAUUUUGCGAGGAGUUCAUGGCUCCUGGACUUACCCCAGAAUUAGUUAAGCGACUUACCCUAUUUAUGGGACAUAUGCACUCGGCGUUGGGACCACUACUUUACUGGAGCAUGAAUCACAAAUGGCCGAAAUGUUCGUGUGGCAGAAUCCGAAAUUUGACCAUUUAUCAUAGUGCAUCAUCUACCAACGAAGCUGCCCUGGGACCUUUCAAUCCUCAUUUGGUCAGACCCCCUCCUUAUCGCCGCAGGUCUUCCAUUUUUCUAUAUUAAACUUUGUGAUCCCUGCUUGUCUGAGUAACUGACUCAGGAAGUCCAAAUAUCUAUCAUCUGUUUUACUCUCCAAAGUCUAAGCCACAAAUUGUUUAAAAUGGAAUUUAAAUUUUAUAGAAAGUUAUAAAUGUGUGAUAGAAAAAGGCUGAUAUUAGAACUUUAAAUGAAUGUUGAUUUUUCUACUCUUUCCCUGUAUCUAUAUCUUCAACUUUCUGAAUCUUCUCAAAUUCUUCAUAUUACUGUGAAUUGAAUGUCAAUGUCACUAUCUAACCGUUUAAUCGUUUAAAUGUUCAAUCACAAAAACAAUGUAAUGACGUCAAUGGAGUGUUAUGUGUUCGAUGUUGUUAUCUGACAAUUAAUAAUUAAUUGAUUCUACUCAUUAACUGUUCAUUUGGGUUUGAGCAUAUUCAGAAAUAAGUGUUAAAUGGAACUUCCCCUUCAAUGUGGAUCAAAUUUCUUAUAAGAAUCUAGAUAUAUUUAGGAGACUAUUUUCUAAAGUACAUAGUGCACGUCAAAUGACAUGACAAGACAAUCGCGCAUAUCGGACGACAGUACCAGAACGCCUUGGUUGCAUACGAUUGAAUGAAUGGACGAAGAUUCUUAAAAGGCAUAGAUAUCAUUAGAUAAAUUUUAAGGGUUAUGGAAGAUAUUUUCUCAUGAAGGUUUUAUUUAUUUUUGUAAUUAUCUAUUGUAAGUGUAAUAUGUUAAAUCUUGCUGUCAAAUCAACUUAUGUACUGACAAUAAAUGUUGAUGAAACG